GAACAGUCACGAGAACUUGAAUACGGAAAAUUCAUAACGAAUCAGGGUGAAGGAACUAGGUUAUUUGUCAAAUUUCAUAACAAGUAGCUGUAUGCACAUGUUCCUGGGCAAUCGAUUACUAUUAGAUAUUUCGCUGGUCUUAUUUGCCUACAGUCAACUUCGGUUUCAUGGAACUAACCUGCUGGACUCGGCCAGAUUGAGAAAGAUGUGUAUUGGCACGGUUCGACGGGCCGUUCAAGGUGCCAACACCGCAGUAAAUUUAGCGCUCUGGCCACAUUUGAAUCUUCCUGAACACCCAUGGAGAAGACUCAGGUCUUUUCAGCUCCGACUGCUUGUCGGUGGCUUAGAUUAUUAUCGAUGGAUGCGUUGCGUUGCCAGGGCAAGAAAUCGCUCCUCUCCAUUGGGCAUGGAUUCAUCACAGAAAUGGAAUAUGGAAUGUCGAACAUCUGAUCUUCUUCGUACGCGUUUGAACGGUUCUCCGUAUCUAUAUUAUAGCACAACUCCACCCCACCAACCCCCCUUCCGGCUCCGCGUCAUGAAACCCAGGACUCAAACCCCCCAUCGUCGGGGCGAAUAUCUUCCACGACAACCUGGAGAGCUGAACUCCGCUAUCUAUAUAUGCUGGUGUGACGAAUGUUCUAAUUCAGGGGUGUGUGUUGUGAAACCAGGGGGUGAUGCAAUCUCUGGACGAUAUUUCUACAGCGAAUACGAGCUACGUCAGCACUUGGCCAAUGGUCGAGCAAUAGAUCGUGGUCGUAUCGAUGCUUCGCCUGAACCCUACUCCUUACCAACGAUGUCCUUGUUCACUCAGUCUGAAGCCGCUCUCCCAGAAACUGUGUUUGACCCUCCAAAUGUCGUUUCUCCUUCAGUAUCCUAUCCUCUUCCUCAGUUCUCUCAGGGAGACUGAAGAACUUGACACUCCCAUCCCUGAGGCGUCGAAGCCCACGACAAACAUAUUAUAUGAAUGGAAAACACUAGAGAACAUUCAACUCCAUCUGCAUGAUCUGAAGGAGAAUCCUCUUCGAUCUUGGAUACCUGCCGACAUUCAAUUUCGAAGUGAUCUGGGUGGAUCCCCCGACUUCAAAGAUUUCAUCUCUUGCCUUCAUGAGGACUCACGCAAUUCAAGCUUUCUGGGACAUGUAGACUGGUUGCGGAACAGCCGAAUGUUCCUUGAUAACACAAUGCC